ACAACUUUUCUGAGAAGAGACCGUUUUUGUAUUAGAGGAAGCAGUGUCUCUCUUGGAUGUGCUAACAACGUAGUUCUGACAUUAAAAGAAGUUAGACAGAUCUGGGUAAAUUAGGCAAGGAGCUACUAGACUUGCUAAAGGAGGUCACAAAAAGGCAACAGAUGGCUGCUUCAUCGAUAGCAUUGGAAUGAACGUUCUCUAACUACCCAGGGGAAGAAAAAAUGGAUUUGAGAAACAUUCCCUAUCGUUCAGAGGUGAUUACGUGGAACCCAGAUGACUUAGCAGAAUAUUUUAAGACGUUAAAGUACAAGGACUGUGAGAAAGUUGUUAGAAAGCACAGUAUAAAUGGACAAAGGUUUUUGAACAUGUCUGAAAAUGAUAUCCAGAAAUUUCCCAAACUCCGAGUGCCCAUUGUUAGCAAACUAAGUCAAGAAAUAAACAGAAAUGAUGGAAGGACAUCUUUCUUCCCAAAAUGGGGCCAAACACAAAAGUGUCCUGAAAAUUCAGGAUACAGUCAAGAAGAUGAUGGCUGGUCUUCAUUUGAUGAAGAUGAUGACUAUGAAAGCCCUGAUGAUGACCAGGAAAAGGAAGAUGAGGCUGACUAUGAAUCACCAACGGAAGAAACUGAGGAAGCAGAGCAUGACAGUGAUGGCUAUGAGCCACCUCCAUCCAAUAACGAUGAAGCACACCACAAUGUCAUAUUUCCUGCAAAGUCACUUGCAAACAACACAGACUAUAUAGACAGGCCUCCAACAGCCAGAUCAUCACAUCAGCCUCCAGUACCACCCCAGCGGCCAGGCCCAUCCCCAGCACCAGCCUCAUUUGGGGGAAGAGGUGCUUCUUUGCCAGCUUUCCCUCCUCUACCAAGCAACAAUGACAGGCAUGUCAAGCCUUCAAAACCCCCAGCUCCUUCUAUAGACAGAAGCACGAAACCCCCACUGGAUCGCCUUGCUCCACCAUUUGAAAGAGAAAGCCCAGUACCAGGGAGGAAGCCAGGCCAUCCUGAAAAGCUUCUGACUCCACAGCUAAGAGCACUGGGAGAACAGCUAGCAAUGAUGCCAAAACCUCCUGUACCACCAAGCGAUAGAUAUGAAAGAGGAAAUCCAUCUCCUCUAAGGAAGCCAAUCCCUGUAAAGCAGGGCUGGGCACAACAGAAAAGACCUGAAGAAGAAGAAGAACAUAUACCCCAAAGACCAGUGCCACAGAUAUCUUUGCCCCCAUACAACUCCAAUACGUUCCCAUCGAAAUCUAUCAAGCCUCUACCUAAGCCAGGUGUGGUGCCUGGUGCUGAAAGUGCUAGAAGCCUGUCUGCAAGUGGCUCACUACCACCUCGCUUUCCCCAAGGCAACAACAGCAGAUCUCCUUCAAGAGGCACAGCUGAUUUAAGACCUCCGUUGCCCAUUCCUAGCAGACAGACUGCUCACCAAAUAAACACAGAGGAAAAUGAGGAUUCACUAAAUGAUGAAUGGUAUGUUGCUUAUAUUAGUCGGCCAGAAGCAGAGGCAGCUCUUCGAAAAAUAAACAAGGAUGGAACUUUCUUAGUAAGAGACAGCUCAAGAAAAACUACCACUCAUCCGUAUGUAUUGAUGGUGUUGUACAAGGAUAAAGUAUACAAUAUCCAGAUUCGUUACCAGGAGCAAGAUCAGACAUAUUUGUUAGGAACUGGCUUGAAAGGAAAAGAGGAUUUUUCUUCUGUAGCACACAUCAUUGAUUACUUCCAAAGAACGCCUCUUCUUCUGAUUGAUGGAAAAGACAGAGGUUCAAGAAACCAGUGUGUGUUAAAAUAUGCUGCAGGAAAUAUUAAAUGAAAUCCAAAUGAAGAUCACAUACACGAUCAAAGUCUACCAAAACGUAUAAACCUCAGGAGCUAAAAUAAUGAAGAAUUCAUUAAAAAUACUUUAAAUUUUAAUGAAAAUAAAGGACGAUGUUUUCAUUUUUAAGUCAUGCCUUAAAUGUAAUACUCAAUAAAUUGGGUUUUCCUACAGUGUAUUUAUUACUGUACACCUA